AUGGAAUCUUCCAUUGAGCUGGGUACCGGAGAAUUGAACCCCCCUGUGACAUCUGAAAAGUUAUCUGCUAACUCACAAGCUGUUAAUUAUGCUGGAGCAGUUGAAGGUACUGACAUUAAUGGAAAAUUGGUUCAAAAAUCUAAGAGGAAAAAACAUAGGCCAAAGGUCAUUAAAGAAGGACAAUCAGCAAAGUUGCAGAAGCCUAAAACUCCAAAGCCUCCCAAGGAAAAUGGGAAUCAGCCUACUGGGAAGAGGAAUUAUGACCAGCAUGGACAUUUGGAUCUGGUAUCACAAACCCAGGAAACAGAGAUACAGACUUGUCCUGGGGACACGCAGCCAUCAAUAUCUGGAGUUGAAAAAAGUAAUGUCCAGGUAUCAUGCCAGUGGGGUGGUACAAGACGUUCUAUUAUUUCAGUUGACCCAAUAGUUGAUAUUCAAGGAUUACGGACAGAUUGCAUGCCUAAAAGAGUCAAUUUUGAUCUGAACAAUUCUAUAGCAAGUCAGAUGCCAACCAAUUAUUCUAGUCUAAUGGACAGCUCUGGAAAAUUUUUCCAGUUUGGUUUAAGAGAAAAAGUUCAAACAAAUCAGUUACUGGAUUCUAAUUCUAGUCUGCCAGUUAGAUGUGUCUCUCAUCUCACCAGCUCUGUAGAUCAUAUGCGACGCCCAUCAGCCAAUUUUGACCAAUACAUAAGCACAUCUCAAGAUUGUACAAAAAAAUCACCAAUACAUUAUCAGAUGCUUAGUAAUUAUAGAAUUCCAGAAAAUAUGGCAGUAGCUUCUCAGUAUACCGAAAGGGUGUCAGUGGGGGGCAAUUUCAAUCCUGAAGCUUGUAUAGCUGAAGGUGCAAUAAUCAAACAAAUGGCUCAAUGCUAUAGACUUCCAGAAAUUCCAUUUGUACCUCCCAAGCAUAAUGAAAGGGAUGUGAUGAAUGGAAAUCUGAAUGAGUUUUCUGUGGAGAAUGAUUACUUGAAGUUUUCUACCAAUAGUAACUACCAAACUGGAGCAGCUUUUGGUUUUCAUGAUUCUCCAGGCUAUUCAGAUGUUCUUGCAAUGGGUAAAAAAAGAGAACACAAUGCUACCAGUGGUCAUCAGAUUUCUUUUGGCAUCGACUUUAUUAACUCAAAUAGAACAAGGAAGUUCUGUAGUGAUGACCCCCUUUCCACUAGCUCUCAAACAUCUUAUUAUCCUGAAGCAUGCAAAAGGAUGAGACCAGAGGAUCAUAGCAAUCACCUAAAUGGAACUACGGGAAAGCUUUCUUCCUCAUCAGCAUUUUCUGAUGGUUCGAACACAAAUAAAGUUUCAGCUAUGAACCCUGGAAUUGGUACCUUGGCUGACAUACAAAGGUUGAUGGCCCUUGAGAAAUCACAAGCUUCCAAGCAAAUGAUUGACUUUGUUACGUCACAGAACAACAUGAUCCAUGAACGUACUGGACUUGCUCUGCAAAAUAUUACUGACAAAGGAUUUAUUGCUUUACCUAAUAAACAGUUCCGAAGCUUCACUGCACAGAACGUACCAUUGCCUGGCAGUACUGUAAACCAAUUGGGAGAAAGUAAUAUCCUGAGGAAUGGAGUGCAUCAAAUUCAACCUUGGGAAAUUACAUCUAGGCCACAUCGCUCUAGCGACAUUUUUGCUUUACCAAAUAAAUGUCAAGAGGGCCAUAACCACUGCACUGCUACUACUGCUGAUGAGCAUAUCAGAACUACAAGUGAUGAAGUUGUUAGAUCCCUUACCCAACGAGCAAGCCAAAGAACCACAAAUGGGAACUACAAUCUUAACUCUUCUAUAGUAACUGCAGAAGCAAACAUCACUGAGAAGCCAAGAAAAAGGGGCCGUCCAAGAAAAGUAGUAAGCCCCAAUGGUAUUACUUAUGCUUCUGAACCUUCGACUGGAAUUACUCCUAGGAUGUCAACUGUGGAGUCGAAAAGUUCUGACCAAGAUAAGGAGAUUCAUGGAGGUGUCAUUCCUCAAGCUACAGCAGCAUCAGUUGAUCCUUUAGAUGGCAUAAUUCAAAAGAUUAAGCUCUUAAGCAUAAACGGACCAGACAAGGUUGUGGCAGAGGUACCCAAAAAUGCUCUUGUUCCUUAUGAAGGUGAAUUUGGUGCACUGGUUGCAUUUGAGGGGAAGACAAAGAAAAGCCGUUCUCGGGCCAAAGUGAACAUAGAUCCGGUCACCACUAUGACGUGGAACUUAUUAAUGGGGCCAGAUAUGGGUGAUGGUGCUGAAGGGUUGGACAAGGAUAAAGAGAAGUGGCUUGACGAAGAAAGAAGAGUGUUCAGAGGACGGGUUGAUUCAUUCAUUGCUCGUAUGCAUCUAGUUCAGGGCCUUUUUAAUCGUUGA